GUAUGGCGCUGAUGGGAGUUGGAAAAUGUUGUCGUCUGUUACUACGCCAACGUUCUAAAGCUGCUUUUUUAAAUGUCGCACAGCCAGGAUGGAUUGAAAGCAGCGAAGGAGCUAAAAGGCAUCUGUUGUCAGAAGAUGUUAUCAAACUACAAGACUUUCAGCAGAGAAAGCUGGCUGUAGCUCACCUUGCUACGGGAUCACAAGGAAACUUUGUUGAGCUGUUCAAUGAGAAGCUACAAAAAAAGGAUCUGAUACUGAGAGAUGAGUUGAAGCUUCUCCUUCACCUGUGCCAGUCUGCAGAUGACAUGGUGAUAGCCAGAGAUGCCAUCCACAGGUAUCAUGCUGAGAACCAAAACUUUGCUUUUGGAGAGUUCAGAUUUGGUCCCAUCUUUGUGAGACUGUGCUAUGAGCUGGGUUUGGAGGACAUGGCUUUUGCUGCGCUUACAGAUAAGCAAAUGAAAGGGUUUUUUAACGAUGCAACAUCCUUUAACAUCACCGUAGAUAUGUUAUUCAUGAAAGGCUCUUAUGAAAAUGCUCUAGAGGUGUUAAGAACCAUGAGGAACCAAAAUAUACCAUUCAACAAAGAGACACAUAUACUGGCAGCUGGCACCUGCUAUAAACUGAACACAACAGAGUCCUACAGAAUCUGCACUUCUCUAAUAGAAGAGGGACAAACCAACGGAUCCAUCCCCAGACGAGCUUAUGGCUUUGCUAUAGCAUUAGCACUCAAGCAGAAUGACAUCGACAAUGCAAAGUCACUGUUUUCACAAAUUAUGAGCACAGACAACAGAUUAUUCCAAAAUCUAAACAUUUUGACACUAACCAUGUCAGGAGCAGUACCAGAUGCCAUUUAUAAGCUGACUGCAUCCUUGCUGCCUAGAAGCCCUGCUUUUGUCAAGAAACCUGAAUUUUCACAGGAGGUGCUGGAUUUGCUGCGUUUGCGGAGUGAGGGUGGACCACAUCUGAUGGAAGUAAAACGGAUAGUGGCUCAAUUUGAACAAGCUGGUCAGGUGACUCAGCAGACCCUUGACCACAUGCUUUGCCACACACCCUCAGGGAAGAGGAAACCAGCACCAAUAACGGAGGAAAGGCGGUUCAGCCGAAGGACUCAUAGGCCCCUACAUACGAUUUUGCUGUCAGAAUGAGAAAGACUGCUUCAAGAGUUGAAGCUGGUCACUUUGUGACUUUGUUAAAAUACUUCAGUUACCUACCUCUUGUUUGUUUGAUUUUUUUAGUCCCCAUCAAGCCAAUGAGACAUCUCUUGAUAAGUAUUUUGUGCAGAUGACAGGUGAUUUGGGAAGCAUGUUGUUUAUGAAAGUGUGAAUGAGUGAUUAAAGCUGAGUUGGAUAUUUAAUAA